UGAAGACAAAGAUGACGUUAUGUUUCCAGCAUUCUCAAUUUGUCACAGUGGUCCUCACUCAACAAUCAAAGAUGUUUCUUGUUCUGUACGAUAUGUUAAUGAUAGAAAUCAAUAUAAUUUAUAUAAUUCAGAAAUAAAAUUUUGGGAAACUGGCAUUACCGGAUCUAAUGAGCCAUGUAAUGAAAAUGUUGCAAACUUAACUGAUCCUACAGGGUGUUAUAUAUUUCAGCCAACAAUAAAUUUUACUCCUUUUCUAAGAAUCUUACAAGCAAUAUUGAUUCCUGAAAAUGCUUCUGAUUUAUACUCUAACGAUACAAGACCUGCUUUUAUCAUUUUGAAUAUUACAUUGAAUGAUAAAUUAUUCUGGAAUAAUUCACUUUUAAAUUAUAUUGGCAUUCAUUUUAAUGAGGUCAUAUAUAAAUCUGAAAGAAUAAGUGUCGAUAAUUUUUAUCCAAUUUCUCUUGGACAACACACCAUUUUAGAAUUUUCUAUAACAAUUAUCAAGAAGUACACUUCAUAUUUGAUCGGACAGUUGGGAUUUAAGCCUGAUAAAACUAAUGCACUUCUCAAUAUUGAAACUAAAAUACUUCAGUCAGAUUCAAACAGUUCUAAUAUUUUUUUGGCAAUUGUGCCAAAGAAUAAUAGAAUACGUAUUGAAGAGGAGAAAUAUUUAAGCAAUUUUGGCACUAUUCUAUCCAGUCUUGGAGGUUUUUAUACUGCAAUUAGUACAGUGUUUAUUUUUUGUUUUGGAAAAAGAAGGUAUUCUCCAUGGGGUAUAUGUCGAACUUGUCCGUGUUGGUGGCCAUAUAGACAGAGUUUCAAAAAACAUCUUGCAAGAAGAUAUAUCUCUAGAGCUGGAAUUCCAUUAGUUGAUGAUCCACGAAAAUUGCCUCAUGGUGCUACUAUAGAAGAUAGAAUAGCUGUAUUAGAAUGUUUGUUAAGAGAGUAUUAUCUUGAUACAAGUUUUCUUGAGGAUAUACAGAAAACACGCAAUAGAUAUAUAGCAAUUAAUAAAUUUUACAAAAUGCUUGAGCCUGAAAUCAAUGAUGAUAGUGUUGAAA